UUGAUUUUUUGGGAGGACGCAAAAAGUAAAAACGAUGAUGAUUACUUGGAACAUAAAAUAAUGGACAUCUGGAACAAAUUACAUACAUGAAAGAUAAAAUGUUUACGAGAUCAAAGUCAUAGUGUUGGCCGAUUUCCCUUCUGGUUGACGGAAAAGUAAUGGCAUUAAGAAUGAGGAAAGACAUUAAAAAGUCAUCGUAUUACGUUUGGUUUUUGGGAGCCCAGGAAUCCAAAGGUCUACGCGGUGCCGAGUACAUGCAUCCCGUAGUCAAGAGCCUAGUCCAGCGAGAGCGUGAUAUCGAGCCCUUCAAAGUCACCCUUCAAGUCAGUCACAAAGGACUGAAAAUCAUCCAGAACAUUCCACCAGCAGCCGCUGCAGCUGGGGCAAAACCCUCUAGUAAGAGCAGUAAACCAGAAGUUAUAAAGCAUUUUAUUCCGCACCACGCAGUGACCUGUGUCUUGCAAGAUGAGGAUAUCGUGUCAUGCAUCCUUUUACUUUACAAUCCUGUCACUAAAUGUCCUGUGCAUGUCCAUGCUUAUCGAUGCGAUUCUGUAGAAACUGCAGAGAUCCUCAGAGGACAGUUACAAACUCUGAUUGAACGUCCAGAGAAUCAAAAGAAACUUGGUGAAAUUGAGACGAGGCUCAGAGCUAAAGGACUCCUGUUGCCACCCCCCACACAAUCCUCACGUCCAAUCCCCACCUCCUCUUCAGCUAGACGUGUCCACAGCGGAGGAGGUUCCGAUGGACGAAGUUCAAGUACGAGGGAAUCCGAAUCUUCAGGAGGUUCCUCCUCGGAACGUCUGAGUGGUGUUGGAGGUCAACAAGAAAGGAUUGCUAACCUCUAUGAUUCUUUGGCGGCGGAACUCAGGGAGAAACUUGGUUCUGGAGGUGAGGGGAAAGUACGUCACCACGCUCCAAUAUUGCUCCCUCCCAGGGACUAUGACACGGUACAUCGCCAGAAAGGAAAUUUGACAGCCAUCGACUUGCGACGAUGUCUUAACGCAAAUAUUGUCGGAGUGAACGUGAAGAAUACGCGUAAUCUUGCUGAGAACGGAAGUCAGGUGACUGACAAGGCCGGUGGUACAACUAACGUUUCUGGCCAAGCUGGAAGAGUUAAUGGAUCAAGCGGUGGUUCCAGUGGAAUUGGGUCGGACCAUGCCCCGAGUCCAGACGGCCAAGACAGGGAAUCUGACCCGCAGUACCUGGACAACCAGUCUUCCUCAGAUGAGGAAUGGAAUGAGCAGCCAUCAGAAGACUCGCUGUUUCUGGUACAGCCGACCGCAGUUGGUCGCAGUUGGAAAGGACCGGGCGCUGAUCUUUCGCUCCCGCGGGCAAGGCGUGUUCACAGCAGCGGCGUAGAAUCGCCCUCCUCGCCCGUCGCCAAUAUCACAGGGACACCUCCGGACCUACAGGCGUUGAGGAGACGUCGCACCGCAGAAGAGCGACAGAGGUCUCCCUCUCCGUCAUCCCCUUGCAAUCAUCUCGCGGGUAAGAAGGCAUUGGCGGGGCCACUGUCGCCCCGGGACCGAUUCAAGGACGCCAAGGAGAAGUUCUUGCAGCUGGAGGAGCAGGAGAAACAGAUGCAGCGCAAGAGAAAUCUUCAGACAUCAGCAGAGCCACCCAUAUCGCCCGCAGUGCUGCCAACCGCCGCUAACUCCAGGGGAAACGCUUACCCUAGAAGAGGAAGUUGGUCUCGAAGUCGUGACUCAGAGGAUGAGUUAGAAGACAGACAACAACAAGGAGGAUAUUUCGGGGUUCACGCUCUUCAAGCUAGAGAUGGUUUCGAUACGCCUGAGCCGGAUUUACCAGCUGAUGACACUGAUGAUGUAUUCGAGCAUGGCUACAACAGAAGUCCAAUGCGCCACGUCACUAGACGAGAUUCUUACAACAACCGGCAGGUGCCUCGGGAGAACCUCCAUCACCAUCACCAUGACAACCAUGAUGCGCCCAUGAGGCAUGGUCACCGCCCACUUAAAACGAACGCCCAGAUAUACCGGGGCGGCAGAAGUCGAGGUUCUGACGAACCCAGGCCUGUGUCUCAUCAAAGGUACCGCAGCCCGUCAAGGGAAGACACACGGCCUCAGCACAUGAAUUCAAGUCCUUCUAGACGAAGCAGGAACGCUCCAGAUGAGGAAAUUGUUCCAGAGAGACGACAGGUAGCACAUCGUUUCCGUAGUCCUACCAGAGUGGCGAGGGGAGAGCAGGACUUCAGUCCAGACAGGAGAGAGCUGAGUCCCACACGGAAUCCAAGACCUCAGCCACGAUGCCAACGAAAACCGGACGAAGAAACAGGUUAUCCUGUCGACGAAGUGCAAAGAUACCGUGGAGGUCCUCGUGACAGAAUACCAAAUCCUUCCCGAGGACAUCUUGUCCUGUCCCAGCAAGCAUCCUUCAGCGAGGAUUCAAAUUCAGAUAUACCACUGGAACGUUAUCGCAGCCCAAUGCACAAGCAACCACUGACACCUCGUCAUCGCAUAAAAGAAGACGAGGACAUCGGUAGUCCUGAACCACAAAGACGGAAUAUGGAUAAUCGGCUUCCCCGUGCGAAUCCAUUUCAAACGCCUGGAGGAGGUGAUAAGAAAAGACGCUCAAUGUUCGAUGUACUGGAGGAAGAACGGCGACGUAGCUCCAACGAACUUGCAAAGGAAUUCAAACGGCGCUCCUAUCAAGAUGGCGGAGGAUCUGAACUCUCUUCCGGCAACAGAGGCAGUAACCAUAACAACAACGGCGUACCUAAUGGAAGGCAUCCUGGCUAUCAGGAGUUAUCGGAACACGAAAGGUUCCCAGGUCUUGACAGAGAAACCGCUAGGCUACAGCAUCACAUGUCACCAGCUAAUGGCGGGCACCUCAAUCUGAAAAAGUCUUCCGGUCCGCCACCGCCGCCAGACGUAGUUACUGCUGCAUCUUCAAGAUACAGACACAGCUACGCUGAGCCUCACCACGUGUUAUCACACCCACAAUCAUCCCAUCACCACGAAAUGCUGCACAGGACCAACAGUUCGGUGUCUUCGGGCAGGGUUGGCAUCGCCGCGGUGCAUCCUUACUGAACCCUGACACACUCGAAGGGGCUAUGCUAUCGAUACGAUAUCUGUGCCUGGCGCUUUAGUAAUGGUGGAAGUCCUCGACAAGAAGCAAGCUCGACUAUUGAACAACACCAGAAAUCACUCCACUUAACGUGACUGACUACAGGCUGGACGACAGACGUUCGGUUCACAGGAGCAACAAUUUCUGUCUUCUUCACUGCAUUCAGACUGGCUACGCUGUUCAUACUGCCUUUUAUUCAAUGGGUACCGUGGCCUUUCCUCAAGGAGUAAGGCGGCCGAAGGGUGAAGUUAACCAUUCACCUCUAAUUAGUGUCAAUGCUAAGAAUAUAUGGAACACUGACCACGUCUUCAUGGCGUGGUGCCAAGGCUGAGGGACACACCUUUGCCCGUCACAACUAUUGUAACAGAAAGGUAUAAACGCAUUUUAAGAACGUCUUCAGAAUCGAAAGAACUACGAGGCUAAAUUUCUAGGGCGAUCAGCCAUCGAUAAGAAAUUAAAAUCCGACGUUUCGGAGGUACCCUAGCUAUCAGGAAUUACCGGCACUCGAAAUGUUCCCAGAACAGAGACAUUCUCGUAAUCAUUGGAAUCGAUGUGGCUAAUCGCACGAUAAGAUUUCACGGCAUUCAAACGAUGUAUCUGAAGACAUAAUGUCAAAUCAUAAAACGUUUGCAAAAUGUUAAGAGAUAAUGAAUCGAUUCCUGUCAUUAAUGCUGGACUGUAUUCUGUAUAAUAUUUCAUCGGGAAUACAGAAACCAGUAAGACAGGUCUUCAAUGAAAUUCUUCCAAGUACACAAACAAAAUGCAGCAUUACUUUAAUAAUUUCCUUCCUGCUGUUACUAAUUCUGUUGUUAUAUAAUUUUACAGUACAGUAGAAUAAUUCUCGAAAUGCUGAAGUCAUGUGUGUGCAUAUUAAGAUGUUCUUGAAGUAAACAAAGCCGUUAUGGCUUCAAACGUUUCCAGGAGGUUGGAUCAAAAUGGUACUGGCCUUAACAAGAAAUGCUCAACAAGUGGUGCAUAUGAUGGAGUACUUUUUACAUAAAUUACAAUGUUCCUCUAAUGUGUCUUGGCAUAGGUUUACUUACUGCAUUUGAUUUAAUGUAAAUUCAUUAGUAACAUAACGCUCUAAUUAAGGUAAAUUGCAUAAUGGUAUGGGCACAGAGCUUCGUUGUGGCACAGGAAGAGAUUGGCAUGGAAAAAGAAUAUCAUCGUGAGUACUGGUAGAGAGGUGCAAAAGUAUCAUGAUUAAAAAAUUCAGUGUUAUAGGGACAAACGUGUUUCGUGUUCAUUUUAGUGUCUGAUUGUCAGAAACAGCACGUUUCUCAUACACGACUAGUUCAUGUUUCAGUGGCUAUAGGUUUGUACUUUAUUCUUCUGAAACAGUUCCGAGUGCAGUGAAACCUAUGUACGAUUUAACGCCAUUCCGUAAAAUAGCAGUUCGUUUUAUCCGGUUUGGAUUACAAUUAAAUAUUGAUAGUAAAUUUCAGUGCUGAGAAGAAUAUCUUUACCAUAAGAAAAAAUGAAGUAACGUAGAGAUGGAGGAUAUAACAUAACAAGGAACCUCAUAAUUUAUAUUUGUUACCAAAUAUAUUGUUGGGUAACUGAAUCCAGGAUAGAAGGGUGUGAUCGGCAGUUAAUUAGUACGCAUGAAUGAAAUGGUCAUACAGAAAUUUGCUAGGAUUGCCUUAAGGAAAGAGGCCACAAGGGAGACCCAGAAGUAAAUGGGGAUAUAAUAUUGAACUGUCCACAGAAGUCGGCUAAUUAAAAAUUUCAAUAAAUAUGUUUAUAAAAAAAGCGAAAUUCUUACGUUCGAACAAUCAAACGACAUUAGAAGUAAAACACGAUGAUAUGCUGUGUAAAAAAUUCCUAAAAUUGAUGAAUUUAUUAUACAAUAACAUCUUCUAAGACUGUGUAA